CGACACGGGGAUGCGUGCAUGACGUCACUGCGGGUUUGUCGAGACCGAGCGGGGAGAAAGGUCGAGAUGAAGAACCAAGGUGGGGAGACCAAAGCAGCCCCGCGGCCUGCUAGCUCUUCCAAAAUGAGCAGCGGUCUGGUGCUGGAGGAGGGCGACUCGCCGGAGGCCGCAGCACCCCUGGAAGCUCCUCUUGCACAGGAGGACACCAAGUCCUCCCGGCCUGCCGUGCGUGACGUCUCCGAAGAGCUAAGCAGACAGCUUGAGGACAUCUUGAACACAUACUGUGUGGAUGCCAGCCAGGAGGGUCCAGGCGAGGACGGCGGGCAGAGCGAGCCCGCAGAGCCAGAAGAAGCCGAGAAGUGUCGUAGCGAGUCCCCGAGGAACGGUGACCAGGAGACGGGCGGCCCCGAGAUGAACGGCGAGAAGGAAAGCACGAAGGGUACCGAAGAGUUUCGACCCGGCGAGGAGUGUGGGGAGCGGGAUCAGAAGAAGGCUCAGGAAAAGAAGAAGGCGAAGGGCCUAGGCAAAGAAAUCACUUUGCUGAUGCAGACGCUGAACACCCUGAGCACGCCAGAGGAGAAACUAGCAGCACUGUGCAAGAAAUACGCUGAGCUGCUGGAAGAGCACCGUAACUCCCAGAAACAGAUGAAGAUCUUGCAGAAGAAGCAGACGCAGCUGGUGCAAGAGAAGGAUCACCUGCAGAGUGAGCACAGCAAGGCCAUCCUGGCCCGCAGCAAGCUGGAGAGCCUGUGCCGCGAGCUCCAGAGACACAACCGCACCCUCAAGGAGGAGGGUGUCCAGCGUGCACGGGAGGAAGAGGAGAAGCGGAAGGAGGUGACAUCCCACUUCCAGGUGACGCUGAACGACAUCCAGCUCCAGAUGGAGCAGCACAACGAGAGGAACUCCAAGCUGCGCCAGGAGAACAUGGAGCUGGCAGAGCGGCUCAAGAAGCUCAUCGAGCAGUACGAGCUGCGGGAGGAGCACAUUGAUAAGGUGUUCAAACACAAGGACCUGCAGCAGCAGCUGGUGGACGCCAAGCUCCAGCAGGCGCAGGAAAUGCUGAAGGAGGCAGAGGAGAGACACCAGCGGGAGAAAGACUUUCUGCUGAAGGAAGCUGUGGAAUCGCAGAGGAUGUGUGAGCUGAUGAAGCAGCAGGAGACCCAUCUCAAGCAGCAGCUGGCUCUCUACACAGAGAAGUUUGAAGAAUUCCAGAACACCCUUUCCAAAAGCAGCGAAGUGUUCACGACAUUUAAACAGGAGAUGGAGAAGAUGACUAAGAAAAUCAAGAAGCUGGAGAAAGAGACCACUAUGUACCGCUCUCGCUGGGAGAGCAGCAACAAGGCUCUCUUGGAAAUGGCUGAAGAGAAAACCCUUCGGGACAAAGAGUUAGAGGGGCUUCAGGUGAAAAUCCAGCGCUUGGAGAAACUGUGCCGAGCCCUGCAAACGGAGCGCAACGACCUCAAUAAGAAGGUGCAGGACCUGUGUGCCCACGCGCCCCGGGCAGACACGGACCUGUUGGAGCCUUUGAAGGACCCAUCUCGGGACGGCUCCGAGGCGGCGGGAGGUGCCCCAGCAGAGCAGCGCCUGGCUGAGGAUUGCCUUCACUCGGGAAAGCCGACGCACGGCACGGAUCCUGCGGAGAGCCUGGGAGAACUGAGCAUAGGAGCCUUGGGGCAGAGCGGGACUGAGGGCGGCGCUGAGGGCGCCGACUGAGCCCCUUGUGCGGUAGGCAGAGGUAGGGCGAGGGAGGGUAACGUGGAUGUUUCCGUAGACUCGACCUGAUGCCCCUCUCCUGGUCCUUGGACAGGCGCGAGAGGACGGCCCUCCUGGAGAUUUGAGAUUUCCUAGCUUAGGGUUUUGGAGGGUUUUUAAAAUUUUAUAUAUAUAUAUAUAUGAUAUAUAUAUGAUAUAUAAAAUAUGUGCAGGGCAACGUACACUUUAUAUAUGGAUAUACAUGAAAACUAGAACGACCCACCUCCCUGCGUGUGCGUGAAUAACUAAUAUAUGGAGACUCAACUGAUCGUCCCUUUCACUAAAAGACCUUGUCAUUGGCAGGCUGCGACUCCCCUAAAAUCGAGCGCAGCUCAGGAAAGCAGGCGCGUGGAUCUGCCCCGGCACGCGGCGCUGGGACGGCUGGAUGUGUCGCCGCCUCCGCCUUCGCAGCGACACUCGCGUGGAGUGAAAGCAAACGAGCUGAGCAGGGGAGAACCGAAGCGUUUCCCAGCGCUGGAUUCUCCUUCCCUCCUCUGCCUCAGGCAGGAGGGAGCUCCCGGACUUGCUCUUCUUUUCUCCUGCCCUGGCUGGCAGCUCUCUCGCGUGUGAGCUGAGCAAACGAGGGCGAAAGAGGCCGUUUCCCCUCCUCUGCGUGGGUUUUGUGUAUUGAACGGGGACAAAAAGAAGCAGAGAAACUGGGGGUGCGCGGUUCACCCAGGCCUCCCGCGGGGCCUUUGCUCUUCCCGGAACCUGCCAAUGUCUCAAUAGCCUUAUGAUUCACAGUUGCCUCUUUGCUAUACGCACAUGUGCACAAGUGUAUUAAACAGUUAAUCCAAAGGUCUAACUCCCAAGUGUUUUGCACAAGCGCGUGUCAUCAGUUGUGCAAGGGGACGGGGAGGUUUCACCU